UUUCUAAUAAGUGAGAUUCUCGAUGGCAAAUGAUCACACUAAUUUAGUAGCCCUCUCUCACACUCCACAAACAUUUAUAGGAGAGGAAACCAUCUUUGCCAAUUGCCAUCCAAUAUUUUUCUUAACAACAACAUACACAUUACCCACCACUUGUUGCCAACCCCACGAAACAAUGCCAACCAUAUCCCUCUCUUUGCCUUCCCUUCUUAACUCUCCCAUCUCCUCUUAUUUCCUCCCCAACACCAAUACAAGCACCCAAACCUCCGAGAGCCCACCCGAUCACUCCAACCCCCCAUUGCCCUCUUCGCCACCGCCAACGAUACAACCACCGCAAGCCCCACAAGAAAGAAAGCCUCACAAGGCAAUGGACGCGGUGGAACUAAGACGGGUGUUCGAAAUGUUCGAUCACAAUGGAGACGGGAGGAUAACUAUGAUAGAGUUGAGAGAGUCGCUAAUUAACAUGGGCAUCUUCAUACCCGACACUGACCUCACACAAAUGAUAGGCCGCAUUGAUGUCAAUGGUGAUGGAUGCGUGGACGGGGGUGAGUUCCAAGCACUCUACAGCCUUAUUAUGGAUAGAGAAGAGGAUGAACAGUCUGACGAAGAAGACAUGAAGGAAGCCUUCAAUGUCUUCGACAAGAAUGGCGAUGGAUUCAUUUCUGUCGACGAGUUACGGUCUGUCCUCGGCUCCCUUGGCCUUAACCAAGGGAGGAACUUGGAGGAUUGUAAGCUUAUGAUCAUGAAGGUUGAUGUAGAUGGAGAUGGUAUGGUUAGUUUUAAAGAGUUUAAGAAGAUGAUGAAACAAGGUGGUUUUCCUACUAUGAAUUAACUCGACGACUAACAUGUAUGUCAUUCAAUUCAUUCUUGCUUAGUUUGUGGUGAUGAAAAUGUGCGCGGUGUAAAUAUUAAAUCUUUGUUAUGUCAUGGUUGUUAAUUUGGGGUGGUUUUUGGAUAUCAUCUAGUGUUUACAUCAUGAACUCAAGGCCUUUCUUGGAUCUCAAGGGAAACAGAUCGGAUCGGAUCAGAUCAGAUUGGAGAUGGGCUGUAAUGAUUUCCCAUGGAAUUAUAAGAAAGAUAAUGAAGGUGUUCUUAAUUGGAGGGAGAGCUUGUUGGUUGUGUUGGAUUUUGAUUAUAUUAGAGGGAAAUUAAAUCUUAUUUAGGUGGUUAAGGGACAUGCAUGCAUGGAAGAUGUGGAGGCUUAACUUUCCAUUUGUGAAAGUACCCUCGAAGAUCUUUAAUUUGUUCAAUCGCUUCAAGAUGUUAUUAUGUGGAGCAAAAAGGUCAUGAUUUUUGAAGGAAAAGCUAACAUGGUCGUCUAUGGAUUAUAUGUCGACCUAAUCAAGCACUCUAGUUGAAAUGCAUGUGGAUAGGAAUAUUACAAAAGUUGUUUGUUCUUUGAUUCCUUUAAUGUUUAGAUUCCUUUAAUUUUACAAGUAUGUACAAGGAAGAUUAGAUAAUUUUCUUCAA